AUGCAAGUAUAUUAAUCAUGUCAAAAUGACUAUAAUGAAGAAAACAAAUAAAUUAAAUAAAAACUGUUAGAAUAUUGGGUGAAACUAUAAAAAUCUUUGGAUGAAGAAUAUGAAGAGAUUUUAAAAUUAAGUUAAGAAUCUGAUCCUAAUGAUAUUAUUAAUGCAUUAUUUAUAAUUGAAGAUGCUCGUUAGGAAUAAUAGAAGGUGUAUAUAUAUGUUUGAUAAACUUAGUUAGAUAAGUAAUAAUUAGAGGUUUUGACUAAGGAAUUGCAAUAAGAAAAAAAGAAAAUAAUUGAAUUGUAAUAAUAAAAUCAACACUUAACAUAAAUCAAUUAAAAAACAGAUAUUCAAUUAGAAAAAAGACAAAUGGAAAUAAAAAUAAAUGAACUAUCCCUUGCAUUAGUUUAAUGUAAGGAGGAUAAAAUACUAUAUAUGUAGUAAGCUUAACAAGAAAUUUAACAUUUAAAAGAAUAAGAAUUAGAAUUAAAGAAUAAAAUUUAAAUGCUUGAAUAUGGACAAUAAAAAAAAUUAUAUUUUUAAAAAAAUGAAGAUGAUUUAAAAAGAUAAUCAAAAGAUUUUAUAGAUGAUGAUAUUCCUAAAAUAAAUACUUAUCCUAAAGUAAAGUUUGAUUAAUCUAAAUUAAGUUAAGUGUAAAAUUAAAAAAAGAUAAUAAAAAUAGAUUAAGUUUAAGGAGUUUCUCAAGCAUUAUUUAAAUUUGGAAGUAAAUGA